GAAUUAAAUCCAUUGCAGGCUCGUGAAAGGGUUUGUUUGUUGUUGCAAGUGCUGCGAGAGAUUUCCAAGCAGAUCACUUCGGGUGACAUGACAAUAUUGGUAAGAAUUUAUCGACAUGCGCGAAUAUGGUAAAAAAGGAGGAUUUCACAAACGAACAGAGCUCGAUGCAUUGCAGCUGAUUCAGUUGGCAAUCAUGUCGACAAGAUAUUAUCAAUUCGGGUGCAGUGUCACACAAAUAGACACAAACAAUAUAGCGGACUUGGACUGAAAUCAUAGUAUCUUCCCCUGUACGUGCCAGACUGGCCGUUUGGAUUGAAAUUUCAAGCCGUUUCAUGAUUUAAGAAAUAUGACAAUACCGUUAAUUUUGACAAGUCACCUCAUCUUCUCCAGGGCUCUGGUAGCUCAGCGCCAGGCGCGCAUAUACACCCGACGUUACCAUGCCCAUGUCUUUGAUUUCACGCAUGCCGUUCUUUGCCAAUAUUUCUCCCUAUGACCGUAAUCGCAGAGCGGAUCCUAACUUGAUUCUGGGAAAAAAUGGACAACCGUCAAUCGUGAUUUCAGACCCUCCAGCAGGACCUGGAGAUGUCCCAUACUACCCCGAAGGCAGCCGCAGGCCGGAAUAUGUGCCACAGCCGGGCACUCAGAUCAGUCCUGAUCCUAUCAGUGCAACCGGAAUGCAGACAGUAGGCCAGUUAACACAGUCCCAGGAAUUGAUGACUACUGUUCCUGCCUUGCCAAUAACAUCAGCUACGGCAACUGACACAAUAUCCUCACCGCUCAGUAGUGCAACGCCAAGUUCCUCGUUUUCAUCACAAACGCCUACCACCACCAGCACUCCCUCCAAUUCCUCAAGCAGCACCAGCACGUCCGCUCGUCCUACAGCACUCGUCUCUCCCGCUUCCAUGCAUACGUCCAAAACCGAGCUCUCCGCCCCGUUCUACGUUGCGAUCAUCCUGGGCACUGUCUGUGUUCUCGCUUGUUGCCUGGCAUUUUUGGCAUGGUGGAUUCGAUCACGCGCAUCAGCGCGGAAGACGCGAGACGACGACGAACUUUGGACAGCGAGGGAUGAGUCUGAGUUUUACCUCCCUGCGUCUCUCGUCCGGAGAAAUACUGGUGAUCCAUUUUCCAGCCCAAUAAACACACCGACGGCUGCGAAUUUCUACAAAUCCUAUGAUCGGGCACCAGGGUACAAUCCCUCGAAAACGGUGGUUGGUGACGUCCACCCGCCCAUGGAACAGCGACGACCUGCGUUCGCGAAUCACGCAAGCACGUUCAGCGUACAGGAAAGCCCGCGCACACUUGGUCGGUUGCAGGUAGCAAAUAUUGCCCCUGGAGACCUGACGUCUGGUGACGAGUCAAGCCACGGAGGCACAACGUCUUACAGCACAAGGGUAGUCGAGUUGGGUCCACCGAGGAGCGCUAUUCAGUAUCACACGCAAAGUUUCCUGCCGCCGGAAGGAGAUGGUCUACCGCAAUUUCUCCCCUCGCCAGGCUAUGCCCAGCGCACGCCUAGAGAGAGGUUACGGCCAGUGAUGGAAAGCACACCAGGCAUCGGCCCUGGAGACUGGCACAACAUACCACUCCCUGACGAGGCUGAACCUCCCGACCCAAUAGAAAACGAACACCCACCCCCGGAGGGUUGGGCCUCCGCCCUCAACGACAUUCCGCUGGGGUCUGCAAAAAAUCACUCGCUACAACAAUUUCCAGAUCCCGAAUACGACGUACCUCUCGCUGCUCACGAUCCGCCGUCAUACUCUACAGAGUCCCAGCUGAACGACGACGACCUAAACGGACUGCGCAUUCGUGGACUGGGUGGUUAUCCUCGAGACCAAACUUCCUACCCCGACGUAUCGCAGUCGAAUCUGGCUCCCAGCGAUAGCCAGGUGACACUUCGCCCAGGCAUGACACCCGUGUGGACGCAAGAGUCCCGCGUACCGCUGAAACACAACGCAGCUCCUAUCGGUGUGACAAAGGAUGAUAGUCGUGCCUCACACGCCAGUUCCAGCAGCGUUUACACCUCUGAGUCUGUAGCUGCAGCCUCAGCCAACCUGAAGAACUACGGGUAUGGGUUUACACAGUCGCACCAGGCGCUUUCUUCCAAUAACGUUCCGAAACCACGCACGAACACAAUGCAUUCUGAACAAUCUAAAUUGUCGUCGCGGAAGAGAGGUGGGCAGCGGAGACGUUCAAGGCCUAAACCAGUUCGGCAUGAAUCAUCGUCCGCGUCUUCUAUGAUAUCCUUUGGAUCAGACUUGUUACGUCCAACUCAGCAUGGUCAUCUAUCCGGGAGGGAGAGUAUGGCAAGGAAAGCGUUGCUGGAAAGAAGACGGAAGAUGACGAUGCACGAACCUUUGGAUGAGUAGUCCGAUACC